AUGUCCCCUUCCACCCCGACAGUCCACGCCGCCGUCCCCUCCAACACCUUCGCCAUCUACGGUAACGGUGAAGACAAGGAGCUCACUGAGCUUGUCCCCGGCAUCCUUAACCAGCUCGGCCCCGACUCCCUUGCUUCUCUCCGCAAGCUCGCUGAGAGCUACCAGAACCUCCAGAAGGAGAAGGGUGAGGACGACGACGAGAUCCCCGACCUUGUCGAGGGUGAGAACUUCGAGGGCGAGCCCAAGGUCGAGUAA